ACUUUUUCCGCAUGCUUGUCUACGUCAGAAGAAGGAACGUAAAAAUUGAAUUUUUUUUAGUAUGGUCCUAAACAAAGUUGUGAAAGUGAAUAAGAGACAACCAUUCAAAAAUGCUAGCAUUAUGAGUUUUGGUUUUAGAAACGAAACCUCGCACCCUGUGCUCGUGACUAAUUUGAGACCGAGUUCUUCAGCUGCUCAUACUUUCAAAUAAUGGUUUUACGUGUAUUAUGAACAGACUAGACAGUGUCAAGUCUCCUCUUUUGAGUGAAUCGGUCCUUCAAAAUCUGUUUUCAAAGAAAAUUUUUACCGUUCAAAAAUUUUUGGAGGAAAAACCUGACAGGAUUGCAUCAAUUAGUAGUCUUCAAAUCAAGGAUGUGAUUACCUUGCGAGAGUCAUUGAUUACUCAGUUCUCAGCAUUUGUGAAAAAAGGUGUUGAUGAAUUCUUGGAUCUUAAAGAUAAUUCAGUGGAGCUUGAAUCUGGAAUAGAAUGUCUUGAUAAUUUAUUAGGUGAAGCAUUGAGAACCGGAAAUAUAAUUGAAAUUUGUGGUCUCACAGGCAGUGGAAAAACUCAACUAUGCUUGACCAUUGGCGUAAAUAAUUCUUUACGGAGGAAUAUCAUUGUCCAUUUCAUUGACACAUCUCUUGGAAAUUUCACCGGCGACCGAAUUGAAAGCAUUCUUGAAAACAAAAAACUGACAAAAGAGACAAUCAAAGAUGCUAUGAAUAGAAUCAAAAUUACGAAAGUAAGGACCAUGGACGAGCUUGUUUCUACCCUUCAUCAGUUGAAAACUUCUUUGGGCAAUCAAGAAACAUGCUGCCGAUUAAUAAUCAUAGACUCUCUUAGCGGUGUUUAUCUGCCAAUGCUCAAUGAAGCAGAUAACGAUGGUUUAUGCUUUAUGAAUCAUAUCGCUUCUUUAAUGCGUUUUAUUUCAAAACAGUUCCACCUACUGUUCCUCGUUGUCAACCUAGCAACCAAAGUUUUUGAUCCAGAGGCAUGUCUUGAGCAUUCUGAUGAAGCGCCUGUUGAGCCAAACACACCAUUCAAAGAUCUUAGACCGCUUUUGGGCAGAUACUGGCUUCACGUUCCUAGUACAAGAUUGCUGAUCCAUCGUAUAGAUGAUAGAAAUUUACAUGAAACAACUAGAACCAUUUCUGUUUUGAAAAGCAGUUCCAUUCCCAUCUUUUCUUCUUGUUCUGUUACUAUUGCAAAAGAGGGUAUUGUACAGAGUGAAACAAAUGAUUAAUAAUCCAAAAUCAAUGUAAAUCUGUAGUUACCAACAAAAUAAAUAGAAUAUAAAAGAAAAUAA